CCUUGUGUCGUGGUCGGCGAUUUCAGAAAAAGUUGGUAACGCUAUAGUCAGUCCUGUCCGUUGCUGAGUUGCUCAAUUCUGAGCGCUGCUGCUAGCUAGCAAUGUUUGUGCAAGAGGAGAAGAUCUUCGCUGGGAAAGUGUUGAAGAUCCAUGUAUGUACCAUGGACGGUACAGAGUGGUUGGAGGAAGUAACUGAAGAUACCACUAUUGAAAAAUUGAAGGAAAAGUGCUUGAAACAUUAUGUCCACGGGAGUCUGGAGGAUCCUAAAACUAUGACACACCAUAAACUCAUUCAUGCUGCUACGGAAAGGAUCCUCACAGAAACAAAAACUGUUGCAGAUGAGAAUCUUAAAGAUAAAGAUUGCCUGCUGUUAAUAAAGAAAAGGCCACCUCCACCUCUUCCAAAAAUGUCUGAUGUGGCCACUGAUGACAAGAAGAAACAGGAGAAUAAAGCCCCAGACAAAGAUGCUAUCCUGAAAGCUACUGCUAACCUGACCACUCGCCACACUGACCGCACUGUGACUCAACAUAACAUCCGAGAUUUUCAGACAGAGCUGAGGAAGAUUCUUGUCUCACUUAUUGAAGUGGCCCAAAAGUUGCUGGCUUUGAAUCCGGAUGCAGUAGAGCUCUUCAAAAAGGCCAAUGCCAUGUUAGAUGAGGAUGAGGAGGACAGAGUGGAUGAGGCUGCUUUGCAGCAGUUGACAGAGAUGGGCUUUCCUGAGAGUCGAGCAAUCAAGGCACUGCGUUUAAACCAUAUGUCAGUGACACAAGCUAUGGAAUGGCUGAUUGAGCACGUAGAAGACCCCAUAGACGACUCCCCCCUGCCGGGCCAGGAGAUGCCAGGAGCCACCGCAGCCGCCGCUUCUGCCACCUCGGCCACCGCAUCAGCUCCUUUACGGCGCACUCCCUCCCAGUCCAGCACAGAGGAGGCCAAACAAGACGAGCUGACGGAGAUCUUCAAGAGGAUCCGGCGGAAACGGGAAUUCCGACCUGACUCGCGGGCAGUGAUUGCUCUAAUGGAGAUGGGCUUUGAUGAGAAAGAGGUGGUUGAUGCUCUUCGUGUCAACAAUAACCAACAGGAUGCUGCAUGUGAAUGGUUGCUAGGAGACAGGAAGCCUUCCCCUGAAGACCUGGACAAGGGCAUUGAUACCAGCAGCCCCCUCUUCCAGGCCAUCCUGGAGAACCCUGUGGUCCAGCUGGGUCUCACCAACCCCAAAACACUGCUGGCUUUUGAGGACAUGCUGGAAAACCCAUUAAACAGCACACAGUGGAUGAACGACCCAGAGACUGGUCCAGUCAUGCUCCAGAUCUCUAGAAUCUUCCAAACACUGAACCGCACAUAGAACUCACUUUAGCCUUCUUCACCUGGGAGACAGUUUGUGGGGAGCGGUUUCAGAGAGGACAAGGUUGU